AUGGGGUUGGAUAGCUCUCUCAUCUUCGCAUGUGUCCUGCUAGGCAGUGUCCUGGUAUGGACUGUACGGAAAUUCUCCACAGCUUCGCCCUUCCGAAACCUGCCAGGCCCACCUUCGCCUUCGUUCCUCAAAGGAAAUAUACAACAGCUCUCGGGCAGGCACAGCAAUGAGUGGGUCGCCCACCUUGCCGAGACGUAUGGUCCACUAUCCAAGAUAACUGGACCCUUUGGCCGGCCUUGGUUGCAUGUUUACGACCCGAAGGCUCUAUACAGCAUCACCAUCAAAGAUCAGGACAUUUGGCUGAAGAAUAACACUGUCGCGAAUCUCUCGUUGCUCGGACCAGGGCUACUAGUAACAGCAGGGGCUCAGCACAGGAAGCAGCGCAAGAUGCUCACGCCGGUAUUCUCGAUCGCCUAUCUUCGUAGCAUCACAUCUGUCUUUUAUGAAACCACUUUCAAGCUCCGAGAUGGUCUCAUCGCUGAUAUCCAGGAUGAUCCGAAGGAGAUCGAUAUCUUAGGGUGGAUGGGUCGGGCUGCGCUCGAACUCGUCGGCCAGGGCGCGUUGGGCUACUCCUUCGAUCCGCUGGUAGAAGAUGUCCACAACGACUUCGCAGAGGCCGUGAAGUCGUUCUUUGCGGUAGCCCUUUGGAGAUCGAUCGCUUUUCCAGUGCUGGUCUUGGGUAGCAAGCUGUUGCCGCCCCAGUGGGCUGACUGGAUCGCGGACGUACUUCCGAGCAAGCGCGUGCAACGUAUGAGAUACAUCACUCGCACGAUGAGGAAGCGUUCCGAGGAGAUCAUCGCCGAGAAACGGGCUGCUCUACAGGAGGGUGAUCGGUCCACGUUGCAACAGGUCGCGCAAGGCAAAGAUAUCAUGAGUAUUUUGUGCAACGAAUCAGUGAAGGCGAAUAUGGCGGCGUCCCAGAAGGAGCAGCUGUCGAAUGAGGAGUUGACCGCGCAGAUCUCAACGUUCAUUCUUGCCGGGAUGGAUACCACUUCGAACGCGACUGCACGGCUGCUCUAUCUCUUGGCAGAAAAUCCAUCAGUGCAGAAGAGACUUCGCGAGGAAAUCCUCGAAGCGCAGGCCGGUGAGGAGAUCAGCUAUGACCAGCUCAACGAGCUGCCGUUCUUGGAUUCCGUCUGUCGCGAGACUCUUCGACUGUACGUCUCCGUUCCCCGGCGUAUUCUCAACAUCAUUUGCAGGCCGACCGUGGACACGGUUUUACCACUACACGAGCCCAUCCGAGGAGAGGAUGGGUCCCUCAUUACGGAGGUCGCCGUUCCGAAAGGUACAGUCGCAGUUCUAAACCUCUGGGCAUGCAAUACGAACAAGAGUAUCUGGGGCGAGGAUGCGUACGAGUGGAAGCCGGACCGUUUCCUCUCGCCCCUUCCCCGGACUGUCGAAGAGGCUCGCAUUCCCGGGGUGUACUCGAACCUCAUGUCGUUCCAUGGCGGUUUUCGCUCCUGCAUCGGCUUCAAAUACGCCCAGCUUGAGCUCAAGGUCGUACUUUCGGUGCUCGUUGCGAACUUCAAGUUCGAGCUAAGCGACAAGGAAAUCGUAUGGAACAACGCAGGGGUUGCUUAUCCCACCGUUGGAAAGGAGAGCAGCAAGCCAGAGAUGCCGCUCAAGGUCUCGGUAAUCCGGUCUUGA